AUGGCCGAGGGAUCUUCCUCGUAUGACAAAAUUGACCAUACGACAGACCGUUUCGGCGGCUGCGAGGCUUUAGGCACUCGUGAGGCGGACCCUAAACGUUCCGAGGAUAAGGAGCCUCAGUCCGACUUCGAAGAAAACGAUCAUCGUCGGUUCCCUAUUAGGACCAAUGGCCGCUCGACUAAGCCGGAUGACCGUCGGGACUUAAGUAUCAAGACGCCCGAAUCUAUCUCCCAGCCAAAACUCAGCACGAAUAAUAUCCCCUCAAGGACUGGAGAUGGUCCUCAAAAUGGAGAUACAGAUAAAUCAAGCAAAAACCACCCAGCCGCUGAGCCUCAGGGGCAUCCGCUCUCGAGUACAUCGGGCUCGGCUACCCCUUCCUCGAUCGACGGUUCGUCUAGGAUCGAGUCUCCCAUAUCACCAGUGAGCCCAACGGAAACAUCGAAGCCCACGGUGCGUUUCAGCGACCGUGGACUUCCUCGCGCCUUUGCAAAACGUCCUCCCGUGUCCCGGCGGUCGAGUGCUAAUGCCAUGCCGGUGGCCGAAUGGGGAGUUCUGUUUGACGAGAGGGACUACGCUACCCCUCGGUGCAGCCAGUUUCUCAAAGGACUAGCUAGGCACGUCAUCGAUGACCUAGCACCUGGCAGUAGUAACCUCGUCAUCACACCAGAGAAGCUAAGUGUGUUUUAUUCGAAAUAUCGGGUUGACCAGGAAAUUUACACAUUUGUCGAUAUCUUCAACUCCAGGUCCAGAGACGUGUACGAACGUAUCGCAGACUUCUUCACCGACCUAGAUUGCCAAUACCACCUAGUACAGCUCGAUUCGUAUUCGCGGCCGCGCGUCCCCGCCCUGACGCCCGUCGGUUUCGCCCAAUACCUGACGACCUGCAUCCUGGCGUACCCCGACGAGGAGUUCCGCCGCCUCGGCAAGGUCGUGGCGGACGUGCAACUCGUAGCCGAAUCCCCGAAUGGGGGUUCCGGCGACAGCCAGCUCGAAAGGCUGCCGCGACAGCUCCUCCGCAGCCAAUUCCCCGUCCACCACGACCCUAAGUCGAGGAAGAUCUUAGAGGCCGCGCUGGACGACCUGAUGUACGACCUCGGAUUGCUGGGGCCGGCCAGACCAAAAGCGCCUGCCCCCUUAGCAAUCAUGCCACCGCCGCCGCCGUCCAGCUCCGAAAGAUGGGGGUCGACGGCAGGGGGCGGUAGUGGGAUAAGGUAUUACGCGCCCACCGAGCAGACGUCCGCGCGGAAAGACGCGUAUUCCUCGCCGACAGCCGAGACGAGCAAGGCGCGCGGGAGGUACGUGCCGACGGGGGCGCUCCAAACCAUCGGAGACGACGAGACCGCUGCCCCCACGCAACCCGCGGCCGAAACGCCAGACUACCAAACCCAAAACCAAAACAAGUACCGCGACCCCAGUCGCCGGAAUAGCUACCACGAGCGCCCCCUGAGCCGAUACGCGGACGACCUCGAGGUCUCCGGCCACGACCACGCGCCCCCAGCUAGGGUCCGGCAGCCCCCGCCCCAGCCCCAGCGUCAGAACUCGUUCGACCUCCGCCCGCUGACCCGCUUCUCCUCGCCGCGGACCUCGCAGGCGGGGUCCCUGACGAUCACGCCCACGACGACGACGCGCACGUACCGCACCACCACGGCGUACACGCCCAAGCAGAGCGGGGGGACUCCCGUGGUGGGUGGUACGGGUACGGGUACGAGUACGGGUGGAAGUAACACGCCGACGUACCGGCGCGCGCAGAGCCCGCCGCUGAGGACGUACCGUGCCUCGGCGCCGGAUGUGAGCGGCGGUUGCAGUGGCGGUAGUGGUAGUGUAAGUGGUAGCAGCGGGUUCAAGCCCGCGGGAUACCUACCCUCGUCCGCGGACCGGAGGGCGUCCACGUCGACGGCGGCGGAUCGCAGGGAGUACGCUGCGAGCCUGGUGAGCGGGAGCGCUGAUUCGUAUGUUUGUUCGAGGAACGAAGGGGCGGGGGCGGGAGGUUCGCGGGAGAACGAACGGAACGAGAUUACUAGGAAGGGGAGCGCUAGCAUGGCGGUUAGUAGUAGUAGUAGUGGUGGUGGUGGUGGUGGUAAAGCGGCGACGCCUGUCAUGACGCCGAGUUCGACUUCCACGGCAUUGGUACCCCUAUCCUCCGCGGCGGGUUCGAGCCACCAACACCAUUCGCGGCAGGACAGCACGGGAACCCGACGGACGGCUACGGCGCCGCCUUCGCCCGCGCCGGGCUCGGGGGAGAAGAAGCUCCACAGUCACCGCCGACGACGGAGCGCGGUGGUGACGAUCGACGAUGAUAGAGGCCCGACGUGGGAAGAAGUUCUGAAGGCGCAGCCGCCGGCCCCGCAGCACCACAGGUCGGGGAGUAGUAGUAAGGGGGCUGCUGGUGGGCAUCACCAUCGGCAUCAUUCGGGGUAUUAGUUCCAUAGCUUUUUUCUAAUUCCUAGAAUAUUCUUUACUUCGAAUCGGGUUGGAAGAGUCUGGGUUAAAAAAAUAAAGUUUUCUUAAUUGUGAAAAGGGGUAGGAGAUAGAGCGGAAUAAGUGGAGAAAUUUGAAAAGGGGUUAAUUGAAAGAAAGGGGGCGUAUACGAGGAUAGAAAAGUGAGCUUAAAAGUCGUUCGUUCGGUGUAUUAGUACGACUUACCUACUAGUAUUUAAUAUUUGGGAGGAAAAAUGGGAGAUUGAAUCAGAAUAUUCUAGGUGGUAUUUCCUAUCCUUCUUGGCUCAC